AUGCUGUUCAAAGCUCUCACCCUCGCUUUCAUCACCAUCACUAGCGUCUCCGCUGCCCCUGAUGGCACCCCUAACACCCUGAACAGGCGCACCUACACCCAAUACUGCGGUGAAGCCACCUGGGUCCCACCCAAAGGCUCAACUCCCGGAUACUGCAAAUGUCCCAACGAAGGGCAGAUCUACAAGCAGUACUCCUGCGAUUGCCCUGACGCACAGACACUCAAGGAUAGAAAGUGCGUUAACAAGUGCCCUGCUGAUUCGAAGUACAAGCCUGGCAGCUACGGCAGCUGGUCUUGUGUCUGUGAUGACGAUGGAGCUAGUUGGUCUUCUUCCUCUGGACAGUGCAGCUGCAAGUCUGGAAAGGAGUCCGUCCAGGGGAAGUGCGUUGACAAAUGUCCUGGGGGUACUACUCGACAGGGUGAUGGUUCAUGCAAGUGUCACGAUCCCAAGAAGGAGGUCUUCAAAGGUUCUUGUGUCGACAAGUGCCCCCAGUACUCCACUCGUCAGGACAACGGUAGUUGCAAGUGUCAGGGUGACAAGGACUUGGUCAAGGGUGUUUGCGUCGACAAAUGCCCUCAGUAUUCUACGCGUCAGUCUGAUGGCAGCUGCAAGUGCAAUGAUCCGAACAAGGAGAUCAAUAAGGGUUCUUGUGUCAACAAGUGCCCUAAGGAUACUACACGCCAAACCGAUGGGUCCUGCAAAUGUGAUGAUGGCAAUAAGGAGCUCGUCAAGGGGGUUUGCGUCACUACAUGCCCUACCGGGUCAACACGUCAGAAUGACGGCUCAUGCAAAUGCACGAACGACAAGGAAGAGAUUGCCAAGGGAGCCUGCAUACCUGUUUGCCCGAAGGAUACGACUCGCCAGAAUGAUGAAUCUUGCAAGUGCGAUGACACUAGCAAAGAACUUAUCAAGGGCUCAUGCGUGCCUGUUUGCCCCAAAGAUUCAACGCGUCAAUCUGACGACACCUGCAAAUGUACCGAUGACAACCAAGAGAUCGUGAAGGGAUCUUGUGUCCCCGUCUGCCCCAAAGACUCAAAGCGACAAAGCGAUGAUACUUGCAAGUGUGAUGAUCAAGCCCAAGAAAUCAUCAAAGGAGCUUGUGUGCCUGUUUGCCCGAAGGACUCGACGCGUCAGAAUGAUGAUAACUGCAAAUGUGAUGCAGACAACCAGGAAAUCAUCAAGGGCACUUGCGUUCCUGUCUGUCCGGCUGAUUCUACUCGACAAAGCGAUGAUACGUGCAAGUGUAACGCCGAUGAUAAGGAAAUCGUUAAGGGGGCUUGUGUCCCUAUCUGUCCAAAGGAUUCUUCAAGACAACAGGAUGACACUUGCAAGUGUGAUGCGGAGGAUUCCGAGAUAGUCAAGAAUAUCUGCGUCCCAGUUUGCCCCCAGGACUCAAAGAGGCAAGACAACGAUACUUGCAAAUGCGACGCAGAGGGUGAGGAGAUCAUCAAGAACACCUGUGUACCUGUUUGUCCCAAAGACUCCACCAGACAACAGGAUGAUACCUGCAAGUGCCAUGAGGAUAACUACGAGAUCAUCAAGAACGUCUGCACCCCUACCUGUCCCGAUAAGUCGACCAGACAAGAGGAUGGUACCUGCAAGUGCAACCAUAACGGCUACGAGAUUGUCAAAGGCACUUGCGUGCCUGAGUGUCCUGAGGAUUCGGGCCGUCAAGACGAUGGCAGUUGCAAAUGCAGCGAAGAUGGCUUUGAGAUCGUGAAGGACACAUGUACAGCUGAUUGCCCCAGGGACUCGAAGCGCCAAGAGGAUGGAUCCUGUACUUGCGAUACCAAGGACUAUGAGAUUGUCAAGGGUGUCUGUGUACCCAAGUGUCCAAAAGAUUCAACCCGUCAGGAGGAUGAUACCUGCAAAUGCGAUGCCGGUGGCUUCGAGAUAGUUAGCGGCGAGUGCAAGGAAGAAUGUCCUAAAGACUCAGAACGACAGGAGGAUAAGUCUUGCAAGUGUACUACUGAUGGCUACGAGGUUGUCAGUGGGGAGUGCAAGCCUGAGUGUCCUGCAGGGUCUACUCGUCAGCAGGACAACACCUGUAAAUGCGACACCGACGGUUACGAACUCGUUAAGGGAGAGUGUAAGCCUGAAUGCCCCAAAGAGUCCACGCGUCAGGUAGACGGUACUUGCAAUUGCACCGCAGCUAAUAAUGAGAUCGUCAACAACGAGUGUAAGCCAGAGUGUCCCAAAGGCUCUACCCGCAACGACAAAGACAUCUGCAUCUGCGACGACAACCUCGCCGAGCUAGACACCAAAAACACUUGCACCUGCAAACCCGGCAACGAACCCGUCAAGGACAAUUGCACCCCCAAAUGCUCCGACGGUUCAACCCGCGACACCGAAGGCAACUGUAUCUGCAGCAAGCCCAACACUGUCAUAUCCGAUAAGAAAUGCGUCUGCAAAGAUGGCUACAAGCCCACCAAGAAAGGCUGCAAGAAAGACUGCGGCUCACACGCUUACGACAAAGACGAUGUUUGUGUCUGCAAAAAGGCUGGUCAGAUGUUGAACGCAGACAAGACCUGCACGUGUCCUACUGAUACGCGCUGGAACGGCAAAAUGUGCGCUUCGAAUUGUGGCUCUGAAGCAUGUUGGAGUAACCCCGCCAAAGGCUGCGUAUGCAACAAGGACGGUAUGGACUUUGACAGUGAGACGAAAACAUGCUCUUGCCCUGAUAAGCUAGUCUGGUCCGAUGGACAAUUCCAUAUCGACUGUGGGAGACUAGCUUCAUGGCACAAGAAGUCCCAAACCUGCGUUUGUCCCAAAAAGGGCCAGACAUUCAACCUCACUUCCCUCGGCUGCGGAUGCACAGGUGGUAAGAUCUGGAGUGGCAAGGAGUGCAUCACCGACUGUGGCGACUACGCGUCGUAUAACUCUCGUUCUGAGACGUGUGUUUGCGAUAAGAAGGGUCAGAUCUUUGAUGCAGAUGACAAAACGUGUGGAUGUCCUGAUGGAAAGGUUUGGUCGAAGAAUCAGUGCACUGUUGACUGUGGAGAUGCGGCGAGUUGGAAUGGGUAUGCGAAGAAGUGUGCUUGCGAUAAUGGGAAUCUUGUCUGGGCGGAUAAGAAGUGCACUUGUGGAACGGGACGAAAGAUGGUGGGAAAGGGAUGUGUUCGAUCUAGGUUUUGA